CCGAGCCCGGCCCCCCCCAAAGCCCCCCGCGCCCGGAGCUGGGGCCCCCGAGAGUGUCCCUCCCCGGAGGAGAUGGAAGCGAAUGCGAGCGACGAGGGCGUCCAUUUCCAGAGCUACCCCUUCGACUUCCUGGAGUUCCUGAACCACCAGCGCUUCGAGCCCAUGGAGGCUUACAACCAGGAGCACGCCAAGGCCGUGGCCUCGCUGCCCUGCCCCCAGCCCCCUUACGAGUAUCCCCCGCCGCCCGCCGGCGCCCCCCACUUCGAUCGCCCCGCCCCCGCCAAGCCCAAGGACUUCAAAGCCGAGGGCCCUGCCCCCUCCGCCUCCGGCGCCGCCCAGCCCAAGAAAGCCGAGCCCAGCGCCGGCCCCCCGCAGCAGUACAGCACCGCCGCCGUGCCUGCCACCCCGCCACUCUUCGACGGGGCGGGGGCUUUUGGCACCCCCCAGUGGGGCAUCGUGGACCUCUCGGGGCACCAGCACCUCUUCGGGAGCCUCAAGCGGGGGGUGGGCGCGGCCCCAGCCCCGGCGGCCCCAGCCGACAGCCCGGCCGGGAAAGACGACAAGAACUAUUUCCGGCGGCUGAAGUACUUCAUCGACCGGCGCUUCCCCUGCGGCGUGUGCCAGAAAUCCUUCAAGCAGUCGUCCCACCUGGUGCAGCACAUGCUGGUGCACACCGGCGAGCGGCCGUACGAGUGCUCCACCUGCGGCCGCACCUACAACCACAUCUCCAGCCUCAUCCGCCACCGGCGCUGCCACAAGGAGCCGCCUGAGGCCGGCCCGGCGGCUGCCACCCCCCUGCCGCCGCCAGCCCCGGCCGGGGGCACCGAGCCGGCCGGAGAAGGCAGCCCCGGCCCGGCCCAGCCCGACGGCCCUUUCACCUGCUCCCUGUGCUGGAAGGUCUUCAAGAAGCCAAGCCACCUGCACCAGCACCAGAUCAUCCACACCGGCGAGCGGCCCUUCAGCUGCUCCGUCUGCGACAAGAGUUUCAACCGGCGCGAGAGCCUCAAGCGCCACGUCAAGACCCACUCGGCCCUGCUGCGGGUGCCCUGCGGCGUCUGCGGCAAGGAGUUCCGGGACACCGCCUACCUGCUCAAGCACCAGGCCUCCCACGCCGGCCCGCGCCCCGACUACAAGUGCGACGUCUGCGGCAAGGCCUACGCCGCGCCCCAGAGCCUGCUGCGCCAUUGCCAGCUCCACGAAGGGGCUGCCGCCCCCCCCAAGGACGCCCCGGCCGCCGACUCGGCCCCGGCCGCGUAUCAGGGGCCCUUCCUGCUCCCCAAUGAGGCCCCCCAUGCCGAGGGGGAGGCCAAGGCGGCUUUCGGCAACGCGGCGCUGCUGGGGCCCCACCCGCUGCUGCUGGGGGCCGGCAAGAGCUUCUGCUGCGGCAUCUGCGGGCGCGGCUUCGGCCGGCGGGAGACGCUGAAGCGGCACGAGCGGAUCCACACGGGCGAGAAGCCGCACCAGUGCUCGGUGUGCGGCAAGCGCUUCCGGGAGUCCUUCCACCUCACCAAGCACCACGUGGUGCACACCCGGGAGCGGCCCUACAAGUGCGAGCUGUGCGGCAAGGUCUUCGGCUACCCGCAGAGCCUCACCCGCCACAAGCAGAUCCACCGGCUGCAGCUGCCCUGCGCCCUGGGGCCCGCCGGCGCCCUGCCCACCGAGGGGCUGAGUUAUGGCUGCUCUGACUGUGGUGAGCGCUUUCCCGAUCUCUUCCACGUUAUGAGCCACAAGGAGGCCCACAUGGCUGACAAGCCGUACGCCUGCGAUGCCUGUGGCAAGUGCUUUGGCUUCAUCGAGAACCUCAUGUGGCACAAGCUGGUGCACCAGACGGCCCCCGAGCGGCUGCUGCCCGAGGGGGCCUGUGCCGAGGCCGCCCCGCCCCCCGGGCCCGCCGGCUGCCUGGAGAACGGGCUCCCUGGAGAGGUGCAGGCCGGUGCCGCUGCCGCUGGCCUGGCCUCCCUGGUGGCCCCGUCCGAGGAGCACCCCAUGAUCCCCAGCGGGGAGCGCUUCACCUGCGGCAUCUGCGGGCAGAGCUUCAAGCACUUCCUGGCACUGGUGACCCACAAGUACGUGCACCUGGUGCGGCGCACGCUGGGCUGCGCCGUGUGCGGGCGCAGCUUCGCCGGCGCCUACGACCUGCUGCUGCACCGCCGCAGCCACCUGCAGAAGCGCCACUUCAGCUGCUCCGUCUGCGGCAAGCGCUUCUGGGAGGCGGCCCUGCUGAUGCGCCACCAGCGCUGCCACACCGAGGAGCGGCCCUACCGCUGCGCCGUCUGCGGGCGCGGCUUCCUGCGCUCCUGGUACCUGCGCCAGCACAAGGUGGUGCACACGGGCGAGCGGGCCUACAAGUGCGCCCUGUGCAACAAGCGCUUCGCCCAGUCCUCCAGCUUGGCCGAGCACCAGCGCCUCCACGUGGUGGCCCGGCCCCAGCGCUGCCAGACCUGCGGCAAGACCUUCCGCUACCGCUCCAACCUGCUGGAGCACCAGCGCGUGCACCUGGGGGAGAAGGUGUACCGCUGCGACCUCUGCGGCAAGAGCUUCUUCUACCUCUCGUCCAUCCUGCGGCACCAGCGGGCCCACAGCGCCCGCCGCGACCUGCGCUGCUCUGCCUGCCUCAAGCUCUUCAAGGACCCCAAGUACUUCAGCAAGCACGUGCAGACCCACCAGGGCGGGCACCCCUUCAAGUGCAGCACCUGCGGCGAGGCCUUCGCCAACACCUACGGCCUGAAGAAACACCGGCACCUCCACAAGCUGGAGCGCCUGGCCGCCCUGGGCCACAAGGACCCCUGAGGGGGAGAGACGGGUGGGGGGAGACUGAAGGGGGGGGCAGGUUGGGGGCAGACCCCUUAGUGCCACAUAUCCACUGGGGUGGGGGGCAGGUAGGGGGCAGACCCCUUAGUGCCACAUAUCCACUGGGGUGGGGGGCAGGUAGGGGGCAGACCCCUUAGUGCCACGUAUUCACUGGGGUAGGGGGCAGGUUGGGGGCAGACCCCUUUAGAACCACUGGGGUGUGUGGUAGGUGGGGGGGCAGACCCUUAGUGCCACAUAAUCACCGGAGUGGGGGGCAGACCCCUUAAUGCCAUGUGUCCACUGGGCUGGGAGGCAGGUUGGGGGCAGACUCCUUAGUGUCACACAUCCACCAGGAGGGUGAAAGGUUGGGGGGCAGACCCCUUACUUCCAUGUAACUACCGGGGUAGGAGGCAGGUUGGGGGGCAGACCCCUUAGUGACGUGUAUCCACUGUGGUAGGAGGCAGGUUGGGAGGCAGGCCCCUUAGUGCCACGUAUCCACUGGGAUGGGAGGCAGGUUGGGGGGCAGACCCCUUAGUGAUGUAUAUCCACUGGGGUAGGAGGCAGGUUAGGGGGAGGCCCUCUGUGGUGGCCCCCCGUUUCCAUGCAGGAACCUAGGUCUCAGUGGCCCCCUUGGGUGACCACCCUGCCCUGCUGAAGGACAUCUUGGCCCCUCCCGAUUUAGGGGAGCCUCCUCCGCCCCUGCUGAUGGGCCACGGACUCCCUGCCAGGCAGAGGCUGCUGGACCUGGCACUGCCGAGGGGGAGAGACCCCCAGCGCUAUCCUGGACCCGGCCCGCUCCCAGUGCUCCCCUGGAUUGACGGGGGGAGUUUGGUGGGUCUCGUUGGCUGACUGUGGCUAGUGGUGCAGGCUGGGAUACUGGCGGACUGACUCCCCGGCCGGCGUCUGGACAGUGGCACCCAGCCAGGGCUCGACAUGGCCAGGGGCACCCCAGGCUUCUCCCUCCCCACGCCGCCGCCUGGAGCUUGGCCUGGCCAGGACCUGAAUCCCGCUGGAGGGGGGCCAUGGCCGUCUGAAGGAGGUGCUGUCUGCAGGAGCCGUCACUCGUGCCACGGGAACUCUGCCCACCCAUGUGGCGCUCCCCGGGACUGGAGACUAAUGCUGGGGGGCUGGUGACCCCCCCACCCCAACUCCCCAUUUUGCAGGGUGGACGCAGGCCAGGCCCCAAGAUGGACCCAGGAGCUGUGCCACGAUUUGGUGGCAAAGCCCCCAGGCGGCUCUGCAGUGCCCAGUCGGGCAGGAUGGGCCCUGGGGCGUCCUGGCACCAGUGUGGAGCUGGUAAUCAGGGCCAGGGGGUGGGGCGGUAGCUGGCUGUGCAGUGGGGCUGCCUCCCCUCGAGUGGGGCCAGCCCUGGGGCUCAGACCACAGGGCGGGGCAGGUCUGCCACAGCGAACUCUCCACAGGGCAGACAGGUCCUAGUGGCUGGAUCUGGGGGUUAACCCAGCUGGUCAGAAGUGCAUGGCCCAGGGGGCGGCUCUGUUCUAAUCUGAACUAGCCACAGGAGCAGCCCCAUGUGGGCGGGAAGCUCAGAGCCACGGCCAGACACGCCAGGAGCUGCAGCAAAUAUUCUGGCUAGCUGGCUGGCUACUCUUCCCUCCCUCCCUCCGUCUGUCCAUCACUCCAUGCAUCCGAAUCCAUCCAUCCAUCCCCCCGUUGAUACACCUCCAUCUGUCUGUCACUCCAUCCAUCCCCAUCCCUCCCUCCCUCCAUCCACCCCCCAUCCCUCCAUCUGUCCAGCCAUCCCCAUCUGUC